AUGAUUAAUCUUUGCACCUGGAAUGUUAGGGGUCUUAAUGACCCAGCUAAGGUAACUGAGGUUAAGAAUUUGAUAAAUACUCAUAAUAUCAAAGUAAUUGCUUUAUUUGAAACUAGAAUAAAACCUCAAAACUGUAGUAAAUAUGUUAAGAAGUUUGGGAGGCAUUGGCAAUGGGAAAUGAAUUAUUCUUGUUGUGACUGGGGUAGGAUUUGGUUAGGCUGGAAACCUAGCUUUGUUACUGUCUCUGUUUGCUCUGUUUCUACUCAAGUGAUUCAUUGUGAGAUCACUGAACAUGUUACUGGGAAUCCUUUUUUCUAUUCUGUUGUUUAUGGCCUGCAUUCUGUUGAUACUAGGAAACUUUUGUGGUCGGAUUUGGGCAACAUUGCUGACUCUGUGAACAAUCAUACUUGGUUGAUUUCGGGUGAUUUCAAUACUAUGUUGAAUCUUACUGAUAGAAUAAAUGGCUCUGCUGUCACUCUGCAUGAAAUUCUAGAUUUCUCUGAUUUUGUUACUGCUUAUGGUCUUACUGUUCUUAACAGUAUUGGCCAUUAUUUUUGUUGGCAUAAGGGUGGUGUUAGUAAUAGUACUGCUAGCAGAAUUGAUUGGUGUUUAGGGAAUUCUAAUUGGACGAUGACAAAAACUGAUGUUGUUACUGAGUAUUUGAAUCCUUCUACUUCUGAUCACAGUCCAAUCUUACUGUCGUGUAUUGAGAAUGUUGUUGGUGGUGGGAGACCCUUCAAAUUCUUUUAUUUUUUAGCUGAUCAUCAUAGCUUUAUGUCCAUCAUUGAGAAUUGUUGGAGUGCUGAAGUUAAGGGUACUCUUAUGUUUUCUGUCUGGUCUAGAUUGAAGAUGAUUAAGGAUAAGCUCAAAAACUUGCAUAAUGAGGAAUUCAAGGGUAUUCAUGAGAAAAUUGAUCUUGCUAGAAAUGAUCUGCAUGACAUUCAAACCCAAUUACAGUUUGACUAUUCUGAUGCUUCUCUUCUUCUGCAAGAAAGUGAUAAAGUUGCAGUUCUUAAGAAAUGGUUGAAUAUUAAUGAGUCAGCUUUGAGAAAAAAGUCUAGAAUUUAG